AUGCAUGUGGGCCGGCGAUGCAGACUGUUUGCGAAGCAAUGCGGAGCAAGGUUCUCCACGCUGGAAGAAGGCCAGCGCAGAGCGAAGACCCUCCAGGCAGUGGAGCGCAGAGCAGCGAAGAUCCACUACCGAGAGGAGCUGAAGAAGGCCAUAUUUGAUGAGACAGCCUUGGAGCGGUCUCGAGAAGCAUCAUUGCGAUAUCACAUAUUUCGCACUGAGCGGCCGCUCAGCCAGGUAGAGAAGCGGCGAGGGCAAAAAGCCCUUCGUCCCUUUGGGUUUUUGCCGAGGCUGCGGCCAGCUGAUUUGCUGCAGCUGGUUGAGGGCCCCGCGCAAGCGCACUCUAGCAACCCCUUGCUUUGGGGAGAGCUGGAGAAGCUCUUUUUGGUGCAUGGCAAAGUGCUGUCGAUCGGCGAACUGGCACGAGUUUUGUAUGCCUUCGCCAUGAGGCAUCGCCAGCAUACGGCACCUCUUCCCCUGCGCUUGCUUCGCUUGGCCUCACGGCGCAUUCAAGAAGAGGUCUUCUUGUGCUCCACUACCGAGCUCGCAGAUGCCUUGGAGGCAUUCGGCACCUUUUCGGUACGUGAGCUGAAGCUCCUGGAGAAGGUCUCCAACGCUCUUCCCGCCAUUUGCGAGGAGGGCCAGCCGAUGCUUGGCCAAAGCGCAGCCAGGCUUGGCUCGGGGCUGGCGCAGUUGAGGUGGCCGGACCCCACGGCUCUGCAGCUGUUGACGGACUUCGCGGUCAACGCCUUGAAGCCGAAGGAGAGGGAGGUGGCGCCAAGGAAGCAGAGAAAUCUCUUCCAGAUACCUCGCUUUGAGCCGGAGGAGCAUGAUCCGCAGUUGACGAAGGUCCACAUUGUCCGGAUUUGUGAGUCAUUUGCUGCGUUGGAGGUUCGCUCAGAGCCAUUGAUUCGCGCUGUUCUCGUGGAUUUCUGCAGAGGCAAGGUGAAAUCUGGAGAGAAGCCGUGGGACCGUGAGUUGCUGGGGCGCCUCGGCUCGAGCCUGGGCAGGCUAGGCGUGACACAUGCGGAGAUCACCUCCCGCUGGCUGCGAGCAGUCCGAGCAGAGGAUCGGCAAGAUUGUCAGCCAAAGGCACCUGGUUGGCUAUUGGAGGUUGCAACGACUGCCAAUCUCCUUGGCGCCUUUCACAGGGAGUUCCAGCUUCGCGUUGGGCGCCGACUCCGGGUUUCUUUGCGCUUAGGUCCGCCUGACACUUUGCCGAUGCCGUCACUUUUAGUUCCGGCGGCGGGCGACGUCGCGCCUUCCAACCAGCUCGUGACGGGCUUGCCGUCCGUGUCUUCUGCCGUGAGACAACCUCCAGCAGAGCACUUGAAAGUUGCUUUGAGGUGUCUGGAAGUUCUCUCUUGCAUGGACGAUGCUGACUGCCUACCAGUGUUUCAGGCAGCCCUGCGGCAUGUGGAAGGGCUGGCUGCAGGUGAUGAAUCGCCAGUGCUCCUUCCAUUGCUUUCCAUGAGUUUCAGACUGCCGAAGGAUGACCAGCUAUAUGUGGCAAACAAAGUCUUUUCCAAGCUGGACAUUCAACCUGCGAAGAGCUUCAGCAAUGCGGAGCUCUUGGAAGCUCAUCGCUGCAGCGCGCGGCUGCGCUUUGAGGGGGCUGAAGAGCCACAAGCGGGAGGUAUGGGGCACUUCGAGCAAAGAUGUCCGUCUUUGGCUAAAGUUUUGUGGCAGAGGCUGCGAGGGAUCUUGGUGGUUUCAGGCGAGCAGCUAGAGGAUGCAAAGCUUCGCCAGCUAGCAAGCUUCGCCAGCGUGGCGGAGGUGCUGCGCUCGUCGGAACGGGUGGCAGUCACAGGGGAGGAGGCGAACUUGGCUGUAUCUUGCAGCCGCACCUUGCGGGUCAAGCUGGCAUCUGAGCCCACACUCAGCUUAGGCACAGCCGUUUCGAUGGCAGAAUGGUUCGCCUCCACUCCGGUGCCAGCGGGCUCGGAGGUUCUGUGCCGGCAGCUGUCCGCAAAGGUCAAGUUGAUGGAGGCCUCGAGUCUCAGGCGCACCAUUGCAGCCUCCCUCACUGCUUCUUUCGGGACAUCGCCAGCUUCUUGGCUUCGGGUGCUGCACGUGUCGUCCAAAGAUCUUCGAAGGAAAAUCUAUUUGCAGCCAGCAGAUUGGGUGAUGCGCCUAGCGGUUCUUUUUCUACAGGCUCUUGCAAGAGGACAAAGAUUCGCUUCUUGCAGGCCAAAGUUGCCGGAGCUGAGAAGGACCCAGCGCAUCAAGCACGGCCAGCGUGUCCAGCGCAUGCAUAGCGUGCAGCGCGUCAAGCAUAUCGCUCGAGUCGGUGCCGCGGCAAUGGUUCGGAGGCUUCUGAAACCAGGGAUGCUGUCUCAGGUGUCAAUUCUUGCACUGGAGGAAAGCCUGGGCAUCACCCAGAGCAUGAGAAGGCGGCCCAGACACGAGGUCUCCAAAUUGGCGCCCUUCAUCCUGCUGGACGGCCACCCCUCGUAUGACUUCAGCUUUGCAGCUGGCCUUGCCGGUGGAGCAACAAGGCGCAGCCCCUCGACUCUUGCUGUUCGUCAAGCAUCGGAGGCGAUCAAUGUGCUGCCGCCUGCCACUCUGCCCCCGGAGCCAAGUGUUGGCAAAGUUGAGUACAAGCUCAGGCUAAGUGCCGAAGAAGGUACAAAGCGCUUUGAGGAGCUAGUGACGCAGCUGAACUGGCGAAUGCGGGAGUGUUCCUCCGAGGAGGAAUGCGCCGAAUUCGAAGAUCUCUCACAGUAUAGAGAUGCGGUCUACCGGCUUGGUGUUGCUGAUGACGGUCAAGUGGUGGGUCUCAGCGAUGCAGAGCUGGCAGAAUCAUUGUCGGUGCUGACAGCCAUGGCAGGCCGCAUUCCGGCCACGGUGACAGUGAUCAGCCAGAAGCGAGGCAUUUCGCCUGGCAACAAGACUGCCAUCACUGCACUGGUUCGUGCCUGCCGUUCAGCCUUUGGGGGAGAUGAGGUGAGAAUAUGCACAGUUGGCAAUGUGGACUCUGGCAAGUCGACCCUGCUCGGCUUGCUCACGCAAGGGAUGCAAGAUGAUGGACGGGGCCGAGCCCGCGCGUCUGUCUUUCGGCACCGCCAUGAGCUUGAAUCAGGCCGAACCUCCUGCAUUGCGACCUUGACUCUGGGUUUUGAUGAGAUUGGUCAGGUUGUAAACUACCAGGAGGACGAACUGGGCCUUUUUCGAAGUCACGAAGCUCAUCAUAAUGCUGGCCGAAUGGAGGCACAAGCCAGGAUAGCCGAGAGGGCAUCAAAGCUGAUCUCAUUUUUCGACUUGUGUGGCCAUGAGCGGUAUUUCAAGACUACUUUGCAGGGGAUGGUAGGCUUGAACCCAGACUAUUUGCUUUGUACCGUUGACGCCAAUCGGGGCGAAAUGCGUGGAAUGGUGCAUGAGCAUCUCAUCGUCGCCAACGCCCUCGCUGUCCCUACCAUGAUUUGCCUGACCAAGUGCGACGUUGCUUCAGCGGAGAACCUUGGGUCCGCCACACGCGACGUGAAGCGAUUUGUGAAGCAGCUGGGAUCGCCCACAUUUGUCGUCAAGGACAGAAACGACGUGAUUUUGGCCGCUGAGCGCAUCCUCCAGGGUUACACUCCGAUUUUCCACUGCUCCGCAGUGACUGGGGCGAUGAUCCCCGAGCUGAAGCUUCUGCUGAACGUGCUGUCGCGGCGGGGCUUCAGUCGACCGCACACCGACCCCGAGUUGCAGAUCCAGAUCGACGAGGUUUUUCCCCAGGUCCCCGGCGUCGGCUUGGUCGUGGCGGGACGCGUUUUGCACGGGACCGCCCAGCCGGGGCAGGCCAUCCGCAUGGGCCCGGUGGUUGACUCUUCGGGGGAUCUUGUGAAGGAUGGCUUUGUCAACCUCCGACUGUCCUCCAUCCGAGUGCAGGGUCAUUCAGUGGAGCAGCUGCGAUCUGGCUCAAGCGGAACCUUUGCACUCAAGGCAUCUGGAAAGGCGAAGGACGCCUUGACUCCAAGAGUGCUGAGGAGGUCCAAGUUUCUGGUGGGUGCCAAAUCUGUGUUGACUCCGUUCAGGUGGCUCAAAGCCAGCGUCACCGUUCUGCAGCAUCCGAGUUCAAUAAGGGCUCGCUACGAGCCCGUGUUGCAUAUUGGCAUGGUUCGUCAAACUGCAAGAGUCGUCGAGAUGAAUGCCGAUGGCAAGCCGGUUUCCCUCCUGAGGGCUGGUGAUUCGGCGGAGGUGCUUUUUCGCUGGGCUCAUUGGCCCGAGAUCGUUGAGCCUGGCUGCGCCCUGGUGUUUCGUGAGAACUCGGUCAAAGGCAUCGGGACGGUCACCUGGGUGGGCGAGUUGGAGCCACAAGAACCGCCCAGAGGAAACAGGCUGAGAACCUCCAAGAAGAGCAAGCCCGCAGCUGAGGCCAAGGACAAGAAAGCCAGAAAAGGCAUCGCUCGGGAAAGAGGACGAAAGUCGAAGCGCUCGAAGCGCUAA